GGGCGUCGUUGGCCGCUGCCCCGUCUCCUCGACCAUCGCUCGGCGUCGUGGCUUCUCAGAGGGUCUGCUCUCACCUCAGCUCAGGGAGUUCGGACCACCCGGCUAGCUCGUGGACAUGGCCGGGCGUGGAGGCACCUACCCCGCCGUGUUCGUGGUGGACAGCCAGGCAGGCCUCCCACCCCUGCCCCCCAAGACAGGUCUCCAGCAGGCCCGGCGGCGUGCAGGCCCGGCCCAGACCGUGCUCUUCCUGCUGGUGGCUUUGGCUCUGUGCGGCGUGGUGCUGGAGGCCUGCUUCAUCUAUCGCCUCUACACCACUCAGCACAGCUCCAAUCAAGAAGGCCUACGAACAGAUGCAAGGAAAGGUGACCCACAGAAGAAUGGUUCUAUGGUCGGCCCAAAAACUAGACCGCGUACGGUUCUGAAGCCCUCAAAGCCCCUGGCCCAUCUCACAGCUGGUGUUGAAAGACCAGAUAAGUAUGGUGUUAUGCACUGGCAGAGCUUAGAGCCCGAAGUGCAUGAUAUGGAAUACAGGAAAGGUGAGCUGCUCAUCAAGCAGGAAGGCUAUUACUACGUAUACGCCAAGCUCUGCUUCAGCCUGGAUAAUGACCUGUUUCACUACGCCGUGAUGAAGAACACGUCGCGCUACUUGGGCCCUUCCAUCGAGCUCCUGCGUUACCGCACGUACCAGUUAAAACCCACCAAAAAAGAGUCCAUGGGCAACGGCUACCUCGGAGGCGUCUUCCAUCUUAUCAGGGGCGACAGUGUGUUUGUUCAAGUUAAAGGCAGCUCCUCUCUUCGGCUGCAGUAUGCGGCGGACAACUUCUUCGGCAUGUUCAUGCUGUAGCCAGAAUUAGCACCACACCUAGCACACAAUGUCAUUCAUUUAUACCUGGUUUAUUUGGGGUAUUAAAGGUGCAAUACACAAUAUUAUUACAAUUAGCUUGAAGUUAAUUUGCAUAUGACAGGCUUGUUGCCCCAUCACAGCCAAAGACCAUCCAUACUCACUGAUAGCUGUGGGACAUCAUUAUGUAUCUUUAAUUUUUUCAUUUAUACUGCAUAAGAUUUUACUUUAAAGAUACCUUUAAUGUACAUAGCCUGGAGCAUUCUCACAAACCUUUCCAACCCUGGGGUCAGUUUGUUCAUUUGACUCAAGCAUUGUAUUCCUCAUAGAUCCUUGCAGCAGGAUGUGCAUUUAAGCAUUUAGUCUUGGACUAAAUCCUGAUUUGCCAUUAAAAUGACUUACAAGUGCUAUAUAAUAAACUUGACUUGACAAGGUUAACUUACAGUUGAACUUCUCUCUCCAUUACAGUAGCACAGACAUUUAGAUCCUAACUGAAGUCUCUCAAGCCUACAUAUUAUAGGCACUUUUUAAAACUUGAUAAUACAUAUACUGGUUACUGAGUAUUUUUAAGACUUCAAAAUCAAGCAAUUUUUAGCUCAACAUUAAUACUUUUAUAACUAUUUCUCACUUUGUUAUAAGGUCUUUACUGUUGGGAAAACCUUUUUAGUGAAGUGUUUAGUGAAAUAUCUUUUAAACUGAAUGUAUUAUCUAUUGUACCUUAUCUAUUUUCUAACAUAUUUUUAAGUUUAUAACUGUUUUACAUUUGCAUAAAUAAGAAUAUUCUCUGCAGUGCAGACCAUAAUUAUAACUGACAUGGUUAAUUUCUUGUUAUCUGAUAUUUUAUUAUCUACUUUGA